UUUUCUUUCAGCCCUUUCGCUGGUUUUAAGACACAUGGGUUUGCUGGUGUCUUCGCAGUCCAGGGUAAAGCACGCACGGAUACUCAUACUUGGUCUUGAUGAAGCAGGGAAAUCGACUUUAUUAUACAAGUGCAAGUUUAAGGAGCCCUUUUCAACUACUCCCACAAUAGGCUUUAACGUGGAGAUGAUCCACACUGAGAAGCACUUGCAGUUAACUAUGUGGGAUGUUGGAGGUCAGCAGAAGAUGAGAUCUUUAUGGUGCUAUUACUUUGAGAACACAGAUGGACUUGUGUAUGUGGUAGACAGCACCAACAAGCAAAAGCUGGAUGAAUCCAAGAAAGAAUUUCAACUCAUCCUGCAGAACGAGCUGAUAAAAAGUGUACCAGUGGUCCUGCUGGCUAACAAGCAGGACUUGCCAGGAGCACUCAAUGCUGAGGAGAUAACACGGAAGUUUAAUAUGAAGAAGUAUUGCUCUGACCGGGACUGGUAUGUGCAGCCGUGCUGUGCCCUCACAGGCCAAGGGCUUGCAGAAGGCCUUAGCAAAGUGACGGAAUUUGUCAAAAACUGCAUGAAGUCAAAAGAAGACGCUAUAUUGUUUGGAAAACAGAAUGUAAGACUGAAAACAUCUCGUAAGGUGUAAUCCUGCAAAAUCUAUGAACUUAUAUAUGAAAACCAAUUGACACGUAGCACUUUCGUUGUAUUACACAUUUGUUGUACUUUAUUUUAAUAUUAUUGCAAAGCAGCAAUGAAACGCGCGGAUGGAAAUCCAGUGCAAGUAGCGUAUUUGUAUAUACCGAUAAUGUGUUUAUUAAAAGACUUCUGCUUGAA